AUGCUGCGGUCACGGCGUCUUAAUCGCUGUCAUACUCCCACAUCUCUCUUUAAAGGCUACCGCAAUAUUCCAAAGACCUCGGCUCGCAUAAACAUCUUUCCUUUUUCAAUGGCAUUUAACACGGCACUACUCCGUGGACUUGAUCGAGUUAUUCAUCCAGCAUCGAAGAGUAAUCGGGAAAGGAUCGGCAAGAAGAAGUAA